UCCGAGACAGCUCCGGCGGCGCUAGGCGUUAGCAUUAGCCUGGCUAGCAUCGCCCAAACUGUCAAGUCAGUUGCUCCGCCCACUUGGUUAUAACACUAACAUUAUUGCAUUUGUGAUAUUUAUCUCACACAAUCUCUUUUGUCGUCAUCGCUGUUUUGUAAUGUUUCCUGUUUUCAAUCUAAAGACAUAAGCUAGCUUUCUUCUUGAAUUGAAUUUAAAGCGAUACAUGAGCCGCCGGACAGAACAUUAGUCGACCGUGUGCGCCAAGAUCAUGGAGCUGCUGGGCCAGAACAAGGUGGACCACCACCAGAGGAAGGUGGCCAUCAUCAGCCAGGACUGCUUCUACCGCGUGCUCACCGCUGAGCAGAAGGCCAAAGCGCUCAAGGGCCAGUACAACUUCGAUCACCCGGAAGCCUUCGACAACGAGCUGAUGUACAAAACGCUGAAGGACAUCGUGGAGGCCAGGGUGGUUCAAGUCCCCACGUACGAUUUUGUCACCCAUUCCAGGUUGGACGAAAGGAUCACGGUUUACCCAGCCGACGUGGUCCUCUUGGAGGGCAUCCUGGUCUUCUACCCGCAGAAAGUGCGAGACAUGUUCCACAUGAAGCUCUUCGUGGACACCGACUCGGACGUGCGGCUGUCUCGCAGAGUGCGACGCGACAUGACGCGAGGCCGGGACCUGGAGCAGAUCCUGUCGCAGUACACCACCUUUGUCAAGCCCGCCUUCGAGGAGUUCUGUUUGCCCACCAAGAAGUAUGUGGACGUCAUCAUUCCCAGGGGAGUUGACAACAUGGUGGCCAUCAACCUGAUCGUGCAGCACAUCCAGGACAUCCUCAACGGCGACAUCUGCAAGUGGCAGCGGGCGUCCGUCAACGGCCAGGGGCGCAGCUUGAAGGGGGCCUUGACGGACGAGUGCGUCCUGCAGACCGGCGCCAACCCGGGGGGCAAGCGGGUGCUACCGGAGCCCAGCACGCGGCCCCACUAGCCGCCGUCACGGUUCAGGAGCUUCUGCCGCUAUUUCCCAAGACCUUACCUUGUUUGAUUUUAUUUGGGAAUUUGCUUUUACACACAUAUAAUGUUGCAAACAGGUGGGAAAUGUCCGGUAAGUUUCAGGUGAAUUAGAGGUAAACUGGGUCAUGUUAGGAAUGUUCCAAAUUGGAAACUUUCCAUGGGAAUUUAUGGCAAACAUUUGAGCUGACAACACACAUCGGUAAUAAUUACGGGACGGCAUCUAUUCAUUAUUUGAGGAAAUUAAAAACACCUUGCGAGGUGUUUCUAGCCCUCCCAGUUAGAAUGGAUAAUUCGAAAGACGUCAAUGGCAGUGAAUGAGUUCCGUGGACGACACACCUCUGUAUUAUUUGACGCAUGGCAUCUUUUCAAGUGGAGGUCAUUAUUUGAGGAAAUACUGUCAUUUCCACUUCAAAUGACUUUGUUUGAAUUGUGUAAAUGCUUGCAUCGAAAGUUUCCAAAUUCCUGGAAUUUUGCAACCUUACGCACAUGUUCCUGUUGUCAAUUUCUCAUUAGUUACAAUAAUAAGGUGAAGUAGACGGGUUUUUUUUUUCCACUGUUGAGUUUGACGCAUAUUGUUGAUAUAUUUCAAGUUAUAACCCACAGUGAGAGAGUGCUUUUUAAAAAAUGAUUAAUGGAUUAAUCACUUCCCAUGUUUGUUUUUUUGUGAGUGUGUGUCAAUAACACAGUAUUGAUAAAUAAUAAUA